AUGAUGAAAGGUAGUAGAAGACCAGGAAACGUAUACGCCACUCCUCUAAACACCCCAAUCACUAUACACAAGUCUCAAAGACCACAACAUGUCUCUAAGGAUGAAGUUCUCAAUUUCUUAGAAACUUUCAUCACCGAAAAGGAAUCAAUCUUGAAUAAUCAAUCAAAUUUUGAUGACGUUACCGGAAACACAAGCAGUACAGCGGGCACAAUCAUCAAUAUAGACACUACGCUUACUAGUUCCUUGUCUCAGUUGAAAAGACUACAGAGAGAUUUCAAAGGUUUACCACCGGCAACUUUCGAAUCACCUUCACCUAGCACUACUACACCUGUCACUGUCACUGUCACUGAAACUGGUGACUCCAUCACUAAAAGUGCCACAGGUGGCACCAAAAUGAAAUUUUCAGACGAAUAA